AAAUCUUUGAAGUGCAUUUUAUUAGACAAAGUUUAAGGUGUGUAGUUUCAAGGUAACAUUCACAGGUAUAAUCUAAAUGCAUAUAUUAUUAACAAUGCUAGAGAAACAACUUUUAUGUGGUUGACCAAAUUGUCAGUUACUGUUAAUUGUGUUGAUAUUAGUUUAUAAACUUUAUACAAUACAUCUCAGGUAUUAAAGGGGUCAUGAGCUGAGAAACCAGAAUAUACCCUUGAUCUUUUGACAUAUAAGAGAUCAUUGUACUGUAAAAACAUCCUGUAACUUUAUGAACUCAAAUUUGAGUUAUAAGACUAGAAAAAAGGGUAAGAAAAAAUUCUGUGUAAAGGGUAUAAAAAAAAUUCUAUGAAGAUCAAUACUCCUUUAGAACUUUUGAAUGCAGGCUUUGGUGUCUCUUCUUCGACAGCUGUUACAGUUGUGGUCAUGAUUGUCUCUUUUCUGUCAGCAGUCAUGGUUGUGGACAUAGUUGUCUCUUCUCUGACCACAGUUGCAGUUGAGGUCACGAUUGUCUCUUCCCUAACAGCAGUCGUAGGUGUGGUCACAGUUGUCUCUUCUCCAACCGCAGUCGUGGGUAUGGUCAUGGUUGUCUCUUCCCUAACAGCAGUCAUGGUUGUCUUUUCUCCAACUGCAGUCGUGGAUGAGGUCAAGGUUGUCUCUUCUCCAACCGCAGUCAUGGGUGUGGUCACGGUUGUCUCUUCCCUAACAGCAGUCGUAGGUGUGGUCACAGUUAUCUCUUCUCCAACAGGAGGUGUGGUUGUGGUCAUGAUUUUCUCUUCUCCAGUUGCAGUAGUGUGUGUGGUCAUGGUUGUCUUUUCUCUGACCACAGUCACCACACCAUUUGCUGCAACACCUCCAGCUGCACUCAUAACACCUCCGGCCACACCAGCUCCAGCUGCACUCAUAACACCUCCGGCCACACCAGCUCCGGCUGCAGUCGCGCCACCUCCGACCACACCAGCUCCGGCUGCAGUCGCGCCACCUCCGGCCACACCAGCUCCGGCUGCAGUCGCGCCACCUCCGGCCACACCACCUCCGGCUGCAGUCGCGCCACCUCCGGCCACACCACCUCCGGCUGCAGUUGCGCCACCUCCGACCACACCAGCUCCGGCUGCAGUCGCGCCACCUCCGGCUGCAGUUGCGCCACCUCCGGCUGGACUACCUAUGGCCACACCACCUUCUAUUACACCACCUCCUGCUGUGGCCACACCACCUCCGGCUGCAGUUGUGCCACCUCCGGCCACGACACCUCCAGCCACGACACCUCCAGCCACAACACCUCCAGCCACAACAUAUUUGCCUGCACCACUUUGAAACUUAGUCGCAAUAUCUUUGACUUUAGUCACAUCAUCUUUGACCUCAGUUACAUCAUCUUUGUCCUCAGUCAUGCAACCUUCGAUCUCAGGCAUGUCUGACACUUUUCUGAUUGUGGUCAUAGAUGCUGAUUUAAAUUCUUUAGGUGCAUAAUUUUUUUUGAGUGUUCUUUCAGUUUCCAUAUUUUCCUGUGGAAACUGUUUGGCAAUAUUUUUUGUAACUGCUUCAUAAUGAACUGGCUUACCAUUGUUGUCAAGGCCAGCCACAACAUAAUCACAUCUUUGACAAACUUUUGGAACUCCAUUUUCUAAUUUGACAUCAUAAAUAUACAUUUUGUUCAUGCUUCUGUAUAAAUUGUUAUCACGACCUUUAAUUUCAUAUUUAGGGUCACGUGUGAAUAUUUUACUGAUAUCACUGAAAUCUUGUCCU